AUCAUGGCAAAACCUUACGAAUUUAACUGGCAGAAGCCAGUUCCCUCUUUUAUGCAAGAUGGAGCUGUGUUUGACAGAUAUGAAGAGGAAUCUUUUGUCUUUGAAAGUAACUGCCUCUUCCAAGUGGAUGAAUUUGGGUUUUUUCUGAGCUGGAAAAGUGAAGGAAAGGAAGGACAGGUAUUAGAAUGCUCUCUGAUCAACAGUGUUCGUUUUGGAGCUGUACCAAAGGAUCCCAAAAUACUGACUGCACUUGAAGCUGUUGGAAAAUCAGAAAAUGAGUUGGAAGGACGAAUAGUAUGUGUUUGCAGUGGCACAGAUCUGGUGAACAUCAGCUUCACUUUCAUGGUAGCAGAAAACACGGAAAUAGCCAAGCAAUGGGUAGAAGGGCUUGGAUCCAUCAUACAUAACUUUAGAGCUAACAAUGUCAGUCCAAUGACAUGUCUUAAGAAACACUGGAUGAAACUGGCCUUUCUAACAAACACAAAUGGGAAAAUUCCAGUUCGAAGCAUUACCAGAACCUUUGCAUCAGGUAAAACAGAAAAAGUCAUCUUUCAAGCACUUAAGGAAUUAGGUCUUCCCAGUGGAAAGAAUGAUGAAAUUGAGCCUGCAGCAUUUACUUAUGAGAAAUUUUAUGAGCUCACCCAAAAGAUAUGUCCCCGAACUGACAUAGAGGACCUCUUUAAGAAGAUCAAUGGAGACAAAACUGAUUAUUUAACGGUAGACCAAUUAGUGAGCUUUCUAAAUGAACAUCAACGAGAUCCUCGGCUCAAUGAAAUUUUGUUUCCCUUUUAUGACACAAAAAGAGCAAUGCAGAUAAUUGAGACAUAUGAGCCAGAUGAAGACUUGAAGAGUAAAGGUGUCAUAUCAAGUGAUGGAUUUUGCAGAUAUUUGAUGUCAGAUGAAAAUGCGCCAGUUUUCCUGGACCGUUUGGAAUUAUAUCAAGAAAUGGACCACCCUUUGGCUCAUUAUUUCAUCAGUUCCUCUCACAAUACAUAUUUAACAGGCAGGCAGUUUGGUGGCAAGUCUUCGGUGGAGAUGUACAGACAAGUGCUUUUGGCUGGAUGCAGGUGUGUUGAGCUGGACUGCUGGGAUGGCAAAGGUGAAGACCAAGAACCAAUAAUAACUCAUGGAAAAGCAAUGUGUACUGAUAUUCUUUUCAAGGAUGUAAUUCAAGCCAUUAAGGAAACGGCAUUUGUUACAUCAGAGUAUCCUGUCAUUCUUUCGUUUGAAAAUCACUGCAGCAAAUAUCAACAGUACAAGAUGUCAAAAUACUGUGAAGAUCUUUUUGGAGAUCUCUUGUUGAAGCAGCCUCUUGAAACACAUCCACUUGAUCCAGGUAAAGCUUUACCUUCACCUAAUGACCUCAAAAGAAAGAUUCUCAUAAAGAAUAAAAGACUGAAACCUGAAGUAGAAAAAAAGCAGCUUGAUGCUCUGAAAAAAAUGAUGGAAGCUGGGGAAACUGCUGCUCCUGUAAAUAUCCUAGAGGAUGAUAAUGAAGAAGAAAUAGAAAGUGCUGACCAGGAAGAAGAAGCUCAUCCUGAGUACAAAUUUGGAAGUGACCUUGUAGAUGAUUACAGUCAAAAAGAAGCUGUUGCCAUCAGUGUCAAAAAGGCUGUUGAAGAUUCUGAGCAAGAAAACAAAAAGGGUUUAGUAACUGUUGAAGAUGAACAAGCAUGGAUGGCAUCUUACAAAUAUGUAGGUGCCACAACCAAUAUACAUCCAUAUUUAUCAACAAUGGUCAACUAUGCUCAACCUGUAAAAUUUCAAGGUUUCGAUGUAGCAGAAGAACGAAAUAUUCACCAUAACAUGUCCUCUUUCAAUGAAUCAGUUGGACUAGGGUAUUUGAAGACCCAUGCCAUUGAGUUUGUGAAUUAUAAUAAACGACAAAUGAGUCGGAUAUACCCAAAGGGAGGCCGAGUGGAUUCCAGUAAUUACAUGCCUCAAAUUUUCUGGAACGCUGGAUGCCAGAUGGUCUCACUGAACUAUCAGACCCCAGAUUUAGCAAUGCAGUUGAAUCAAGGAAAAUUUGAAUAUAAUGGAUCGUGUGGGUAUCUACUUAAACCAGAUUUCAUGCGACGACCAGAUCGAACAUUUGACCCUUUCUCUGAAACUCCUGUAGAUGGUGUGAUUGCUGCAACAUGUUCUGUACAGGUAAUAUCUGGUCAGUUCUUAUCAGACAAAAAAAUUGGUACGUAUGUAGAAGUGGAUAUGUAUGGCUUACCCACGGACACAAUACGGAAAGAAUUUCGAACGCGCAUGGUGAUGAACAACGGUCUGAACCCUGUUUACAAUGAAGAAUCAUUUGUAUUUCGGAAGGUUAUUCUCCCUGAUCUUGCUGUCCUGAGAAUAGCAGUGUAUGAUGACAAUAAUAAAUUGAUUGGACAGAGGAUCCUGCCUCUGGAUGGUCUGCAAGCAGGUUACAGACACAUUUCCCUUCGGAAUGAAGGCAACAAACCACUCUCUCUUCCAACAGUUUUCUGCAACAUUGUGCUUAAAACCUAUGUGCCUGAUGGUUUUGGAGAUAUUGUAGAUGCUUUAUCAGAUCCAAAGAAAUUUUUGUCGAUCACAGAAAAAAGAGCAGACCAAAUGAGAGCUAUGGGUAUAGAAACAAGUGAUAUAGCUGAUGUACCAAAUGACUCUUCAAAGAAUGAUAGAAAAGGAAAAGGCAAUAAUACCAAAUCCAAUGUAACACCUCAGAGUAGCUCUGAACUUCGACCAAGUGCUACUGCAGGAUCUGGAACUGACACUAAGAAAGGUAUAGACCUUAUUCCCCAAGUGAAGAUAGAAGAUUUGAAGCAAAUGAAGGCUUAUAUAAAACAUUUAAAGAAACAGCAGAAAGAGCUGAAUGCCUUGAAGAAGAAACAUGCAAAGGAGCACAGUGCUAUGCAGAAGUUGCACUGCACACAAAUUGACAAAAUAGUGGCACAAUAUGAUAAAGAAAAGGUAUCAUAUGAAAAAAUGUUGGAGAAGGCAAUCAAGAAGAAAGGAGGAAGUAAUUGUCUUGAAUUGAAGAAAGAAACGGAAAUUAAAAUUCAGACGCUAACAUCAGAUCACAAAUCUAAGGUCAAAGAGAUUGUGGCACAGCACACUAAAGAGUGGUCUGAGAUGAUCAAUACGCACAGUGCUGAAGAGCAAGAGAUCCGUGAUUUACACUUGAACCAACAGUGUGAGCUACUAAAGAAACUGCUGAUUAAUGCUCAUGAACAACAAACCCAGCAGUUGAAAUUUUCACAUGACAGGGAAAGCAAGGAAAUGCGGGCCAACCAGGCUAAAAUAUCUAUGGAGAACAGCAAAGCCAUAAGCCAAGAUAAAUCUAUCAAAAAUAAAGCUGAAAGAGAGAGGCGGGUCAGAGAACUGAACAGCAGCAACACAAAAAAGUUCCUGGAAGAGAGAAAAAGGCUGGCAAUGAAACAGUCAAAGGAAAUGGAUCAGCUGAAAAAAGUUCAACUCGAGCAUUUAGAAGUCUUGGAGAAGCAGAAUGAGCAGCUUUUGAAAUCCUGUCAUGCAGUGUCUCAAUCACAAGGCAAAGGAGAUGCAGCAGAUGGUGAAGCUGGAAGCAGAGAUGGAUCGCAGGCCAGCAACAGUGGUCUAAAGCCUCAACAAGCAAAUUGAGGUUGGAGAACACAGCAUCCUUAAAAUGAGAGAAACAUUCAAAAUAACAUUGCUGAGGUUGAAAAGUGGGCACUUUUUUAUUGUG